GCAGGCGCAGAGGCUGCAGCCCCCAUGGGUGGCAAGCUUCUGAGAGGUGCAGAGAGGGCUGGUCGCUAUCUGGCCCUAACCUCGUCCGGUCGCUUCUGCUGGCCCGAGUUACGACUGCUUUCGCCGGGUCCAGCCUCGGUGGCUGGGGCGUCGCGGGACGUUGGGCGCGUGCUGCGGACCGCCCCAGAGCCCGCCGCUCGCGCCUGACGCCUCAAGCCCAUGUCUCUACAUUGAAAUGGCUGAAGUCCACAGGGUUGGCCACCUGAUCCCACUGAUAUGCUCAGAGCUACGCUUAUUCCCAGGCUGCUGUGACAACUCGGUGGCCCCACCAUGUCCAGGCCCCAGGCCCAGGAGCAGGCAGUGGAUUCUGAGGGAGACUCAUCCCUAUACAGGAGAGACGAGGAGGGGACCCAGAGCUCCCACCGCAUGCUGGGCUUCAGUGAUGCACUGCUAUCCAUCAUCGCCACUGUCAUGAUCCUGCCUGUGACCCACACAGAGAUCUCACCAGAACAGCAAUUUGACAAAAGUAUACAGAAACUUCUAGCUACUAGGAUUGCAGUCUACCUGAUGACAUUUCUGAUCGUAACUGUGGCAUGGGCAGCACAUACCAGAUUGUUCCAGGUUGUUGGGAAAAUAGAUGAUACACUUGCCUUGCUCAACCUGGCCUGUAUGAUGACCAUCACCCUUCUACCCUACACAUUUUCUCUAAUGGUGACGUUCCCUGAUGUGCCCCUGGGCAUCUUCCUGUUCUGCAUGUGUGUGAUUGCCAUUGGAUCUGUGCAGGCACUAAUUGUAGGGUAUGCUUUCCACUUCCCACACCUGCUGAGUCCACAGAUCCAGCAUUCAACACACAGGGCCCAGUCCCGGCGGCAUAUCCUGCGCCUAGUCCUCCGUGGCCCAGCACUGUGUUUUGUUGCAGCUGUCUUUUCCCUCUUCUUCUUUCCCUUGUCAUAUGUGCUGAUGGUGACUGUCAUCUUCCUCCCUCAUAUCAGCAAGGCUACCGCCUGGUGCAAAGACAAGCUCAUGGGCCACAGGGAGUCUCCACCUCACAAUGUGGAACCCUUCAGUAUUGAUCUGCAUGCGCCCCUCAGCAAAGAACGGGUGGAAGCUUUCAGUGACGGUGUCUAUGCCAUCGUGGCCACACUCCUCAUCCUGGACAUUUGUGAGGACAACGUUCCAGAUCCCAAGGAUGUGCAAGAGAAAUUCAGUGGCAGCCUUGUGACUGCCCUGGGUGCAUAUGGGCCACAAUUCCUGGCAUACUUCGGCUCCUUUGCUACAGUGGGUCUGCUCUGGUUUGCCCACCAUUCACUCUUCCUGCAUGUCCGGAAGGCUACACAGACCAUGGGGCUACUCAACAUACUGUCACUGGCCUUUGUGGGUGGCCUCCCUCUGGCCUACCAGCAGACCUCAGCUUUUGCCCGACAGCCCCGUGAUGAGCUGGAGCGUGUGCGCGUCAGCUGUGCCAUCAUCUUCUUGGCCAGCAUCUUCCAGUUUGCCAUCUGGACUGCAGCCCUGCUACACCAGACAGAAACACUGCAGCCAGCUGUGCAGUUUGGUGGGCAGGAGCAUGCUUUCAUGUUUGCCAAGCUUGCACUGUACCCCUGUGCCAGCCUGCUGGCCUUUGCUGCCACCUGCCUGCUGAGCCGGUUCAGCACAGCCAUCUUCCACCUCAUGCAGAUUGCAGUGCCCUUUGCCUUCCUGCUGCUCCGUCUCCUUGUGCGCCUUGCCCUGGCAGGCCUUCACAUCCUAUGGGAACUCCGGCCAGAGCACCCUCAACCAGGCCAGGGUGAACCUGAGGCACAGUCUCAGCUUUUACCUGCCCCCUGUUAAUGCCAAGGAAGCUACACCUGCCCAUCCCAGGCAUACUGUAAGGGAUCCUGUGGAGAUGGCUCAGUAGAAGUUUGUUGUGACCCUGGGGCUAUGGUUUUAUUGGCCUGGGUAUUGUGUACAUUGUGAAAUAUCAAGAUCUAUUUCAAGAGUAUGAACAUUGUUCACAUUUUGCAAUGAGAGAUUUCAUGGGAACUGAUUUUAUUACUUUUACCUAUUUAUUUUCCUCUUCACUUCCUGUUCCCAACACUGCUAGGGGAAUUGACCUGUCUGACUAACCUGAGUAAGAUGCCAGGGGCUGUCACCAAGGUUGUUUGAGGCAGUUAGCACCUAGCCAAGAUGAGAGGACCAUCCCUUUUCCUUGCUCUGACCUGCAUGUGGCCACACAGUCCACCCUUCUGCUCAGAACCUUUGGGUAGUUGAGUCUGGGCUAAGUCAGGCUGAGAAGUUGCUGUCUGGUUCACAUCCUCACAAGUGCAGAGCUUCCCUAGUGGGACUGACAGUUUAUCUGCCCAUUCCUGUACUAGUAGUUGGACAAAGACAAGAGGCAGCUACAGGACAGCACAAUGUAUUUGGCCCAGAUAUAAGUUAGAUCACAUUCAGGUAGUGAUAAAUUACACACAGAGACAGGACACACUCCACAAAGGGACAGUCUCACUUAAAUACAAAGGACAUGCUACACUGACCACAAUUUACAAAUAAUUCCUAUAGACUGAAAUAAAAGUGAAAAACUACA